UUGUUUAUAGAAUUGACGUUGCCCACACGCAUGAAUUUUGUUGAACAGAAAACGAAACGGGUGACUCCUGUUUCCAUCACUUGUUGCCCUUCGUUGGAGAGUAAACGAAGUCUGUGUUUUGUGAAGAAUCUCCGGUAUAAGCUAUCCUUUAUGUAUUGAGUAAAGGAGAUCGGACAUAUUGGAUACAAAGAUGGAAAAGUGCCUUGACGUUAUUCCUAAGAAUAGCUUCAACUUCCGUGGAAAAGUACUGCUUUGGUUAUUUACAGUAUUUGGAGCCAUUUGUUUUAGUCUUUCAAUAUAUUGGCAUGGAGCUACUUCAUUUCAUUGCUAUAAUGAUGUAAUAUCAAAGACGAAAGAAGCAGCCCUCGUGCAGUAUAUCGAAUCAGAUUGUUGGAGGCAGUACAAGAAGACAUUUAGUAUUUCGUCCGUUCUGUUUAUUUUGAUAAACUUUGGCGGUGUCCUAAUUCUUAGUAAUAUUUAUGGACUCUUGGUAAAAUGUCGAAUUCAAAGAUUUGAUGAAUCUCUUCCAGGUGUUUACAAAACGACUUCACCGUUAAGUAAACACAAUGUCGGUAAUUCAUCAUUACGGCACCGUAAAAAUCGAGAUAGCCCCGAAAUUUCUCACUUCGAUACUAAGAAGGACAAGUCUAAUACUGCUGGUAUUGAUGCACUGUCUGGUGAUGUGACAAACCGUUUUCCUACGUUUUUCAUUUACGUUGCAUAUUUGUUUUUCUGCCUUAUCAUAUUGUUUAGUUGCACUGCCAAAUUUUUCCCAGCGAAGUUUCCCGUCGAUUACGCAUGUGCUUGGCAUCCUAAACUGAAAGACAAGUUCUCUUUAAAUGAAAAUAUUCCUAUCUCACAAAAAGUCGUUUUCCUUGAUUGUGAAAAUUCUAACGGUGAUAAAAUUGAAACAUUGUUCCAAAUUGUUGCAUUCGUUGAUUUCACUGUGAUAAUACUGACAACAUUUGAGCUGUGUUACGUAAUGUUUAGGGCCGGCAAAAACAGUUGUUUCAUAACAGAAAAAGAAUUUUGUACCGAAUACAUGUUAGAAAAAUGGAAAAAAAAUCGCGAAUGGUUGGACAAAGUCAAAAACUCUUACAAAGUGUUUGAAUCAUACGACAAAAUUGGUUUAAACUCUUUGAAAAAUAUGGUUUAUUUCAAUGUUAUGAUGCAUGUAGCCGACACUUUUGAAAGGCAUAAAAUCAAUGCUACAGAAAUUUUUAAGCCACACAAGAAUAAACAAAAUUCAUUGUAUCCACGUUCCAUCUUAGUCAUUGCAAGGCCUGGAAUGGGUAAAACUCUGUUGACAAAUAAGCUUAUGUUUGAAUGGAAAGAAAGCACAGAUGAAUUUUGGUAUGAUAAAGUGCUUCUUUUAAUGCGAUGUCGUGAAAUUGAAAAGGAUGACAUAAAUCUGGAAAAUUUGUUACGUGAUUGCCAUGGAUUUUCUGAUGAACAUUUUUCACAAAUUUACAAGUUUAUAAUGUCAAAUCCAGAAAGAACUGUGUUUAUCAUUGACGGUCUGGAUGAAUUAUAUUUGCACAGUGAUUGUCUUGAAACUGAUGGCUCACUCCAUCCAAAAGCAAUAAUGCCAGCGUUUACAUGGAUAAGUAUGUUGGUUGAAGGUAAACUGCUGCGUGGUGCCACUGUUCUCAUAACAUCACGACCAACAUCAGAACAUGCAUUUAAACUUUUGGAGUUUAACAGGACUGUGGAGAUCUUGGGCUUUUGUGAAGAUCAGAUUAAGCAAUAUGUCAACAAGUUUUGUGGUGAAGACAAGAAUUCAGCCCAAAAGAUUUGUGAUCAUAUUUAUAGUUCUUUUGAACUACGCAACAUUUGUUACAUACCUUUUAACAGUUACAUUGCCUGUCUGACCUUGAAGGAAAGUAAGACUGAUGAUAUUUCAAAGAAUGUUACUGAUUUGUACAAGAGAGCAAUUAAAAUCUUACUAUGGAAUCACCAUCCUCUUUGCAAAACAGAGGAAGGAAAUACAGAGUUUAUAGAUAAAUUAAAAAAUAUUGCAAAGACGGGAAUUGAAGAAAGAAGUACAGGUGACAUUUACAAACUGGCAAAUUGUGGAAUUUUUCUUAAGAUACCACAUAAACGACUUUCUCUUUACGGUUUUCCACAUUUGACGCUUCAAGAGUUUCUUGCUGCUUGGUGUAUUGUUGACGAUUGGCAAAACGUUGGAAAAUUUUUGGAUAAUCAUGUUUCAGAUCCUAAAUGGCAUUCGGUGAUAGAGUUUGUUGCUGGUUUAGUCAGAGACAUAAAGAAAGCGGGCAAAGAUAUCACAACAGUAGAAGAAAGAUUCGAAACGUGGGUCUCCUAUUCAUAUUCUAAUGAGGGCGAUAAAUCGCUUGGUUUUCUUGGCAUGAAGUGCUUGUACGAGUUACAGGACAAGGAUGUUAGGAGGUCAGCUUGCAAGAAAUUUGAUUCCAUGCCAGGUACCAAAAGAGAAAUCUCUGUAAGUGAUGUUUCUUUUUCGCCUGUUGAUUUUAACGCAUUGUUUGAAUUUCUAUCAGAAUGUGAACAGGAAACUAAACUCAAGUUUUCUUCAUGUAAAUUUCUUGAUAAUCAUUUCUUGAUCUUUCUUCAACUCGGAAAAUCUAAUCUCUUGAAAAACUUGAAUAACGUAACAUCUCUUUAUAUUGAAUCUUCUACUUUUGGUCAUCAUUUUUGGAAGAGUGUUAGUGAAGCUUUGAGGUGUGGACAUUGUGAGCUUAGAAAAUUUCGUAUUGGUAAUUGCAACAUAGCCGAUGACGAUGCGAAAUAUCUUAGUGAAGUUUUUAAAAUUGCGAACCGUACGCUAAGUGAGUUGAGUAUUAGUUAUAGCAAAAUAACAGAUCAAGGUGCAAAAUAUCUUAGUGAAGCUGUGAAAAGUGAGAACUGUAAACUUUCUAAAUUGGAUGUUGAACAGAGUGAAUUAACAGAUCAGGGUGCCUUAGAACUUAGUGAAGCUUUAGGAAGCAAGAAUUGUAAACUUACUGAAUUGAAUCUUCGUUUCAAUAAACUAACAGAAAUUGGUGCAAAAUAUGUAAGUGAAGCGUUAAAAAGUGAGCAUUGUAAACUUGAAAAAUUGGAUGUUAGUGGUAACGAGCUAAAAGAUGAAGGUGCAAAAGAUCUAAGUGAAGCUUUAAAAAGUGACCAUUGUAAAAUCAUCAAGUUUCAUAUUAAAAGUAUCAAAAUUGCUGAUCAAGGUGCGAAAUAUCUUAAAGAAGCUUUGAAAAGUGAGCAAUGUAAACUUGAAGAAUUGAGUAUUAGUCAUAACAAUAUAUCUGAAAAAGGUGCAAAUUAUCUUAGUGAAGCUUUAAAAAGUAAGAAUUGUAAACUCACUGAAUUAAACAUUAGUGACAACAUACUAAACAACAAAGCUUCCAAAUAUUUUAGUGAAGCUUUAAAAAAUGCGAAUUGCAAACUCCGUACACUUUACAUUAGUGGUAACAUUAUAGAAGAUGAAGGUGCAAAGUAUAUUCAGGAAGCUUUAAAUAGAGAAAAUAGUAAACUCACCAAAUUAACUAUUGGUUUUAACAAACUAUCAGAAGAUUGUGAGAAAAAACUUCGUGUUGAUUAUCCAAAUAUUAUCCUUUUUUAACAUUUGUAAGUAACUCACUUACACUAUAGGAAAUAAUAUUACAUCAAUUUCCACGAAGCUAAGAAAAUAGAGAUUUUUCAUUCAGUGUUUUUUUUGAUCGCACGUGAACACCAUGUUGCAUUUAGUUUGCUUUAUUUUAUUGGUGUAGCUUGGCUAAAGCUUAGUGCUGCUUUGUAAAUUUUAUUGUACAUCAGCAGUAUGUAGUUCGGAUGAAUCAAUUAGUUUUGCAUCGAGUUAAACAGAAGCAUGACAACAUCAUCAGUUUGGUUGGAUAAAUGUAAAGUUUGGUUUUAAUUUGUCUCGGACCAUCGACUCGACAUGAGAUUGUCUACGGUAACUGAGAUAGGCAUUUCAGAAAAAGUUUUAA